AUGAACCCCUCCCGCGCCGACUCCCUCGACCCAAACGGCAGCAUUCGCCCGCGAAACCGUCGUCUCAUCUCCACGGAACAGGAGCUCGUCAGCACUUCCGCCACAAGCACACCUGGAGGCAGCAGAGCUGCCAGCCCUAUACCGAGCAAGUACCCUAGUCGGAGCGUGAGCAAGAGCGGGCAGAGAAAUGGACAGCCGGUGGGCGGGCGGCUGGCCCCGCCUCAGGAGGGGAGAGGAGGGCUUGGGCGAUCGAGCAGCCCUUUGGGAUUUGGAGGGGGCGUAUGGGAAGGGGGCUGGAUGGGGAGUUGGACGAAGCUGCAGGGGAUUGCAAAUUCGGUGUUGAGUGCUGUGGAGGGUGACAGCGAUAGCGACGUGAAUGGGUCGUCGAGCCGGGGGAAGACUGGGCUGGGUAAGGUAAGAGCGCCGAGUAAAUGGGGGCCGAGCUCUAGUGCUGAGAGGAAGGACGGUGGUAUUGGGAUGGGGAGUACGGACGAGCGAGAGGCGGCGCUGAUACAGAGGAAGAGGGCUGGGGUGCUGGAGGGCAGAGACGAGGACAGGAUAAAGGAUAUGAGUGGAAAUUAUAAGCGCAGGACGUCGACGGAAGAGCAGAGGCCUGCGGUGGACGAGGACGAUCAGGCGCUGGUUUAUAUACACCAUGUGCAGGAGCAGGACACGUUACAGGGCGUUAUACUCAGGUAUAACUGCAGACCGGAUGUGUUUCGCAAGGCGAACCGCUUCUGGCCGAACGACUCGAUCCAGAUUCGGAAAACUGUUAUACUACCUGUUGACGCCUGUACGGUCAAGGGACGGCCUUGCGACCCUCCGAACUCUGAAUCUCCGCCUCAAGGAGUGGAUCUCCUUGAUCCGACAGCUGGUCUUGAAGAGGCGGCGGCUUCAAACGGCAGUCCGUGGCCUGGAGGCUCGAACGGGAAGUCUGCAGACGUUCCCGAAGAAAGCGAAAACCCCUGGGUCCAUGUACGAUGGGUGUUGAUUGAUUCCUCGCCCAACUCGAAACCCGUAGAAAUAGCACGCAUGCCGCGAAAAACACUGGGAUAUUUCCCCCCCAGACGGAGAAAGAGUCAAGUGGUUUUUUACUCGGAUAUCACUACACCACGUGGCUCCUCCGAGUUCCCACGCCUCUCUCAAUCACCUUCCAACGGCCAAACAGCCAGCACAACCUCUACACCCUCCCGCCGAACCAGCAACCAAGGCCCGCGUCCCUCCCAGUCUAUAUCCUCUACCUCGGUCACAUCCAUCGGCUCCUACUUCCCUCCCCUAGUCCCCAAUUCCAGCACUCGUCCCCGCCGCGAAAGCGUUGGCGAAGCUGCGGACCGUCUAGGCUGGAUGCGCGGACCCGGCGGCGUAGGAACAUUCGGCAAGAAUGUACGGCGUCCGGGUCCCGGAAAUGAUGGCCUGAACUCGUGGGCUCGGAAACACAUCCCGGGACUUUCGAUUGAGGAUAUGCCGAGUAGCUUUGUGCCGGGGGACAGUGUAGCCCACUUUGGCUUCAAGGAUGAGCUGGCUUCCAUCGCCGAAUCGUCGCGCAACAACCCUGGCUCCAGCUCUUCCGGGCUGGUGGGUACUUCUGGCUCGGGACAAAACCUGGGGCUGGAGACUGCGGCCGCGGCGAUUGAGGGGUGGGUGAGAAGGAUGGCGAGCGCCACGCCUGGGACGCCGAUGGGGGGCCCAAGGAGCACGCCUGAGCCGGAUCUGAUUGAGUUGCUGGAUGGUACAGGGAGCGAUGACGGGAGAGGCUUCGAGAUUAGUCCUGGGCGGGUGCGAAGCGGGACGCCCAUAGGAAUGGGGACUGGUCGUGAUGAUAUGGAUGCAUUGGUGAGGGGCGCCAACAGAGGGGUCAAGGGUGGCAAGAGUGAUUGA